AUAGGCGUUUUGAUGUUAAGAUUAUGUUGACUCAAAUGUAAACUCCCCCAAAUCAAACACUAUCGGUCACUGCCACCUCCCAAGCACUGGGCCAACAGUGGCUUUAGUAAGUUAUUUGAUUCAAACAUCAAACAACAUUAAGACAUGAGCAGAACAUAAAGGAGACUUCAAUUCCACCCUGUACUUUCACCUCUCCUCCUGUCCAGUCGCCGAACGUUGCCUUGGAGUUUUUUGUCCUAACGUUAUCCUCACCAGUAGCAGUCAUGUCCCAACUCGAGACAGCGAUGGCCAUCCUCCUGAAGACCUUUGACAAGUACUCUGGAGCCGAGGGCAACAAGGGCACGCUGAGUAAGGCUGAGCUCAAGACCAUGAUGGAAAAGGAGUUGCCUUCUCUCCUGAAGGCCUCUAAGAACCCCGGGGACUGUGACAAGCUGAUGAAGGCUUUGGACCAUAACGGAGACUCUGAGGUGGACUUCAGUGAGUUCGUGGUCCUGGUCGCUGCUCUCACCUGCGCCUGCCACGACCGUUGCCCCAAGAAAUGAGCUCCUCAUGCAGA